CUGCUUCACUUCUCUCCCGAUCAUUGUUUCUAGUACUGUAUAUUGCCACGUCUGUCUGCUUCAAGCUGACUAUCAAAAAGAUAAGAUUAUCUCCAGCCUUUAUGCCCAGUUCUAGGUCCAGUGCUGUAGCAACUGAUGAGGAAAUACAUCUUAACCGGUCUCCUAUCUCUGCCUUUCGUAAAAUGAUAGAAUUGAAACAACAUUAAUUGCAUUUUAAUCACCACUGACGAUUAAUCAAUUGAUGUAUGUAUCAAUAGAAAUAGAUUGGAUAUAUUAGAAUAGGCUACUUAAAGGGCGAUUAAAGUAGAUGUAAAAUAUAACAUGUAAUUUAUCAUUAACCCAUUGGCUACUCAGCAAGUAAACCCGUAACCAUUUUUGCAAACAAGAGCAUUUCAAUGAGUUUAAUUCAGUCUCCAGUGAAUCGGUAUUCAGAAUCUAUUGCUGAAAAAAAUAAACCAUGAACAUCAUUUGGGCUACUUGAGAGAAUCUCCGCCCACAAAAUGUUAGGACCAAUGACAUUCAAUAGAUGUGCUUGACCAAUUAGAGUGGGUGGAGCGAAGCAAGAGCACCCUUAAAGAAAGUUGCUCAAGCUCGUACUCGUCACCAGCAGUACAGCACAGAACAGGGAUCUAUCUAUAUUGAACUGUUUCACAUUGGUGCUAAAACGCCUGGAGCCGACAAAAUAUAACCAAGUUUAUAACUUACUGGAAUCGAGAUUAUUUUGAUUUUAAGAAUACUACCAUUAGUUUGCAGAAACAAUCAAGGGACGUUUUUUUCAUUUUUGCCCGAGUUUUAUUUUUCUUUGGUAAAUAUGCAUAUAAUCAAUCUGUAGUAAUCAUUAAUUUUCCGUUUUUAGUGCUGAAGUGAUAGUGAUCUUAUAACUUUUCUGUUUACACCUGUUCGGGUUUUUCUUCACCAAAUGCUCAACAUGACCGAGGAUCAGGACAAAGCUCUCCCAGAUCCACCUUGCAGCCCCACGGGGACCAUUAGUUCCCUGUCCCAGGAAGAUUCGGAUUCCGACGCCCCGUCUUCGCCAACAGGAUCUGACGGGCACGGACCCCAGAGACUCCUUGGGAUCGGGAAAAAACUGGACAGCGAUGAAGACGACCGCUUCCCAGCCUGCAUCCGAGACGCGGUAUCCCAAGUCCUCAAAGGCUACGACUGGUCCCUUGUGCCAAUGCCAGUCCGUGGAAACGGAUCCCUGAAAAACAAACCUCAUGUCAAGAGACCGAUGAAUGCCUUCAUGGUGUGGGCACAAGCUGCCCGGAGGAAGCUGGCAGACCAGUACCCGCAUCUGCACAACGCAGAGCUCAGCAAGACUCUCGGGAAACUGUGGCGUUUAUUAAGCGAGAGUGAGAAGCGCCCCUUUGUGGAAGAAGCAGAGAGGCUGAGGGUCCAGCACAAGAAAGAUCACCCCGAUUAUAAAUAUCAACCUCGGAGGAGAAAGAGUGUGAAGGCUGGGCAGAGUGACUCCGAUUCGGGAGCAGAACUGAGCCACCACCCAGCCGGGCAGCUGUACAAGGCAGAGCCCGGGAUGGGGGGCUUGGGAGACAGGCUUCAUCACUCUGAACAUGCAGGUCAAACCCACAGCCCACCUACUCCACCCACCACUCCUAAAACAGACCUUCACCAUGGAAACAAACACGAUCUGAAGCAUGAGGGCCGACGCCUUGUCGAAAAUGGCCGCCAGAACAUCGACUUUAGCAACGUGGACAUCUCGGAGCUCAGCAGUGACGUCAUCAGCAACAUGGAGGCCUUUGACGUUCACGAGUUUGACCAGUACUUGCCACUGAACGGCCACGCAGCCCUGCCUUCAGACCAGGGCCAUGGGCAGAGCUCCUCCGCAGGGGCCUACAGUGCCUCCUACACCCACUCCAGUGGAAGUGGGGGGCCAGCUCAGGUUUGGAGCCACAAAAGCACCACGUCAUCUUCCUCAAGCAACGAGGCCGGCCAGCAGAGGCCACACAUCAAAACUGAACAGCUAAGCCCAAGCCACUACAGUGAGCUGUCCCACAGCUCUCCCACCCAUUCUGAGUACAGCUCUUACAGUGCCCAAGCCUGUGCGACAACAGCUACAACAGCUUCGUCUUUCUCCAGCUCUCAGUGUGACUACACAGACCUGCAAAGCUCCAAUUACUACAACCCCUAUUCCGGGUACCCCUCUAGUCUUUACCAGUACCCAUAUUUCCAUUCCUCUCGUCGGCCAUAUGCAACGCCUAUCCUCAACAGCUUGUCCAUUCCACCAGCUCACAGCCCUACAACCAACUGGGACCAGCCAGUUUACACAACUCUCAGCCGGCCCUAGAGAGACACUUCUUUACUUAAGUCUUAAGUUUUCCACAGCUAUAUGCACUAAUGAAGGAACUGUGCCAAUUUCUUAAGUGCCUGCUGAUUACAGAAGGACACCUGCAAAUGGUGAAUUAAAACCCCAUGAUCCUUAAAGAUUUUUUUGAAGGACAAACGUAUCAGUCCUCUGUGAGGACUUAGCAAAAAUAUUAAACAAAAGAAAAAUAUAUAUGAGUUGAGCGUUUUGAAUGAGACUUUUUUUAUAGGGUUAAGUGCUCUGGAGAGAGGCACACUUUUGUUACUGGGACCAAUAUGCACCUGAUUUAACCAGAAUUCCUGUAAAAAGCACAACACCUACAAUGGAGACCAACCUAUUUAAUUUGUCAUGACAGUUCUUUGAAACAAGGGUUGACUAUAAAUGCUAUUUUCUGAAGCUGAGGAGAUUUAUUUUUGGAGUUUGUUAAAUAUGUAUUGUUUCUCUCAAGUAAUAAGAGUAAGAAGUAGAGAUCUGAACUCAAAAUGUCAUUUAAUAGUGGAGAAUUUUCUGUAAACUGUAAACGUAUUUUUUUGAACGACUUUACAGUGAUUUAACUUCGUAGCGGCUGAUAAAAGUUAUAGCGUGCACAUUCCUUCAAGAUAAUUCAAAUAAAGAAACUUCCAGAUGUUGAGCACAAUUUGGACACAUUGAAAAGUAUUUAUUUGGAAACAAGUGGAUAUAGAAAGGUUAAAUCAAAUCGCUGUUUCAACGUUGGUGCAAGCAGGGACCAGGUAGUGUUUAUGAAACUGUGAAACUAAAACUCUCCACUAAGUUGUUAGACACUUUGCGCUGUAUUCAGGCAGCAUUAGCAUGCUGGUUAUCAUAUAGGACAUCAGCGCAUUUUAAGGCAUGCUAAUGUUUUAUGACUACAAGCCUUCGUUUUAGACUAAUAUAUGUAGGUGUUAUAUUUCUACUGUUACUAUUGUAUGCUGAGCAUAUAAUAACAUCUUACUCAUGCAAUGCUAGCUUGUGCCUUCAGCCUCUUAUUACGCAAGCCUAAAAUCGUUUUUAGAAGAUGUCUUUUUUGUUACUUUUUCUACUUUCUAUUUUUCCUAAAGUUAUUUUUGCAGAUGUCUUUCUUUGUUUUUUAUACAAAGGAUGCCAGAAACGUGUUUUUAUGCAAUCUAUUUUUCUGUAUAAAGUUUGAACGAAAUCAGCUGUAACUUUACCAGUCUGUGUUUUUACUAGAUAAUUCUCACCAUGGACAGCUAACUUUUGUGCAGCCAAUUUUAUGAAAAAAUGUUUUAAAAAAAAUAAAAAAUGGGAAAAAACUA